AUGGGGAGCUUCUACGAAGCACCAGGAGUUCUGGCAGAUAUCAUAGUUAUCAAGAUGUUCCUAAUCUUCACAACUCUUUGGUUUGCCGCUCUGCUUUCUGUAUUUUACUGUGUUAAAAUCACAAGCUAUAGCCAUGCUGUAUUUGUCUACGUGAAGAUCAAAAUCUCUAAAUUACUUCAUUUGUUUCUUCUGGCAUUAGUGGUUAUUGCUUUAGGGACCAGUCUCCCAUUUGGCUGGUUCCCCCCAACCAUCUACUACAUGAACGUAUCCAAUGAGACCGUGCAAAAAGGAGAUUAUAUGAUCCAAAAGCAGACUUUUGGUAAAAACUUUACUUUCUACUGUACAGGCGCUGUUCUGCCCUCCAUUAUAUUUUGUGUUGCAGUUUUUCUUUUAAUUAAAUCUCUUUUGAAGCACACACUGCACAUGAGAAAUACUGGCACAAGCUUUCAGACCAGAAAUGUGCAAAUUCAUUAUAGUGUAGUAAAAAGCAUGCUCUCCUUUUUCUUGCUUUCUAUCAUUUUUCAUGUAAGUGUGGUUGUUUCAUUUUUUGAGAUUCUACCAUUUGGAAAUCCAUGGAGGAUAAUCUGUGAUAUUUAUACUUGUGCUUAUCCAUUUAUACACUCUGUGGUCUUGAUCUCCAGCAUCAAUAAGUUAAAAAACAGUUUUCUACAGAUGUGCCAUCAUUUCAUGAAGUGUUUUUAUCAGUAA